AUGGCGGCGGAGAAUAUAAUAGUGCUAUCUUCACCAAUUAUAUGCUCUCGAAUGUCACUUAUACAGAAACUCAAGACAGAUUUCUCACUCAAGGAGCUUGUAUCUAUUUUCACAUUUCUUGGAGUACAAGUGCAGAAGAUGAAUUCUGGCUUAUUUCUGCAUCAGUCUCGUUAUGCUGAAAACUUACUUGAUCAGUUCGAUUUCUCCAAUUGUCGUCCUGUCUCCACGCCACUGGCACUAAAACCACCAGCUUGCUCUGAUGCACAUCAGCCAUUUUCAGAUCCAACCUUAUAUCGCAGACUUGCUGGUUCGCUAAUGUAUCUUACAAUCACUCGUCCAGACUUAGCAUAUGCGACAAACCACAUUUACCAAUCAAUGCAUCAUCCAACCAAUCAGCAUUUUCAGUCCCUAAAAUGCCUUCUUCGUUAUAUUAAAGGGACUAUAAACUUUGGCAUCCCCUUUUGCUCCGGUGACUUACAACUCCACACAUUUGUUGACUCAGAUUGGGCUGCGGACAAAGCUGAUCACAAGUCUGUCAUUAGUUUUUUCUCCUACUUGGGUCCAAAUCUCGUCUCUUGGCAUGUCAAGAAACAAGCCACUGUUGCCAAAUCAUCUACCGAGGCUGAAUACAGGGCUCUCUCGGCCGCCACAUCAGAUGUCCUAUGGUUAAGACAUCUUCUACAUGAAUUUCAUGCAACUCAGUCAGAACCUACUCCCAUAUACUGUGAUAACACCUCUACUAUUGCUUUAGCACACAAUCCUGUAUUUCAUGCCCGGACUAAGCACAUUGAGCUUGAUUAUCAUUUCAUCAGUGAACACAUUCGAGCAGCUGCCAUUUUGUUCUGCACAUCAGUUCACUUGAUCAACCGGCUGACAUUCUGA